AGUUCUUUUCUGAACGGGCUGCGCUUGCGCAGUUCAUAGCUGUCAUCCGUGUGCGGAACAACAAGUCCCAGCAGAAAGGGGGGGGGGAUAGUUACAAUCGUGGUCGGAAGCUCCGAGGAAGUGCGGCGACUUUUGACAACCAGAGCUCUCCGCUUGUGCCUCGAGGCGGUGGCGAGGUUAGCCUCAUCACGUUCAGGCAAAAGAAAACUGUCUGAGUUGAAAUAGAAGGAAAGUAUAGAAUCGGCAGCAGGUGUAACGCUGAGCAGCCAUGGCUGCUCAAUCAUUGGACUCACCUCCAAAUCCAAGCUGUAAAAUUAUGACAUUUCAACCGACAAUGGAUGAAUUCAGGGAUUUUAACAAAUACUUGGCAUAUAUGGAAUCAAAAGGUGCUCAUCGUGCUGGACUAGCAAAGGUAAUUCCUCCUAAGGAAUGGAAGCCAAGGAAAAGUUAUGAUGAUAUUGAUGAUCUAAUGAUUCCAGCUCCCAUUCAGCAGAUGGUUACUGGUCAAUCAGGUCUCUUCACUCAAUACAACAUUCAAAAAAAGCCAAUGACUGUGAAAGAAUUUAGGCUACUUGCUAAUAGUGACAAAUAUUGUACUCCAAGACAUUUAGAUUUUGAAGACUUAGAACGUAAAUACUGGAAAAAUUUAACUUUUGUGGCACCAAUCUAUGGAGCAGAUAUUAACGGAAGCAUAUAUAAUGAAGAUGUAAAUGAAUGGAAUAUUGCUCGUCUCAAUACCAUAUUGGAUGUUGUAGAAGAAGAUUGUGGAAUCUCCAUUGAGGGAGUCAACACUCCAUAUUUAUAUUUUGGAAUGUGGAAAACAACAUUUGCAUGGCAUACUGAAGAUAUGGAUCUCUACAGUAUUAAUUACCUCCACUUUGGGGAACCAAAAUCCUGGUAUGCUAUUCCUCCAGAGCAUGGAAAGCGACUUGAACGACUUGCUCAAGGAUUUUUCCCAAGCAGUUCUCAAGGAUGUGAUGCUUUUCUACGCCAUAAGAUGACAUUAAUUUCUCCCUCAAUAUUGAAAAAAUAUGGAAUUCCUUUUGACAAA